AUGGAUUGGUACGGUAACGUGUGGAUCUUUGCACCAGUGGACGCGUACGUGGAGAUUGACCACGCGUCAGCUCUGGUGGGAAAUACGGCGCGCCUACGCUGCCGCAUCGAUGGAAAAUCGUGCGGCGAGAUGCACAGCAUAAAGUGGUAUAAGGCUGACUCCAGGGUUUACGUGUACUCCGCCUCCAAAGAUGCGGCCAUCAAUAGGCCAGAGGGCGAUAUGAUGGACAGAAUGUCGAUAUCGCACGAAGUGAACGCCACGUAUGCUGAGCUGGUGAUUACCAACGUGCAGCCUGAUGAUGAAGGGAUAUACCGCUGCGAGAUCACGUAUCUUCAAGUCGGCGAAGACUGCAACACUGUCCAAGUCACGGACUUUCACACGUACGUCAAGCCGAAGUCAGUGGAAAUGAGGACUAGCGAUGGUAGAGUUCUGGAAGACGACACCGUCUUCGGGCCCCUCCUGGAGAGGUCAAGGGUCAGCGUCAGCUGCGUGGUCAGUGGGGGCAAGCCCCAGCCCUCAGUGGCUUGGUACUUCAAAGGGGAAGCUGUGCAAGACGCGCUAACCGAGACACCGGAAAAAUCGACCGUGCAACAAGUUCUAUCGAUGAUCGUGACAAGGUCUGAGCUUCGUGGCGAACUCAAAUGUGUCGUGUCUUCAGCGGCACUUGAGGAGCCAAUAGUCAAGAGAGUGGAGUUGGACGUCAAAGUUCCUCCAAACAAAAUAUCCAUAUCCGGUAUCGAGGAACACGCGAUCCAGGGGACUCUGAUUACGCUAAUGUGCGAGGUUUCAGGGGCAAGACCAGCCGCCCGUAUCGACUGGUACAACGGAACACAGAAGCUGGAUGAUACCGGCAUUCAGAAUGUGAUAGAAAUGAGCGAUUCAACCUUUGUCACUAAUUCAAACCUGACCUUUGAGGCGACCCGUUUUGAGAACGGCCGCAACUUUCGCUGUGUGGCCACCAAUGACGUCAUGACCGAAGCAAAGGAACAACCUUUAUAUGCUACGCGCGAGUUAGAAGUUUGGUACCCACCACUAGUCCACUUAAGACCGAAGAACAUAAACGUAGUAGAAGGUUCUAAGAUCCACCUGGAAUGCGACUAUGAAAGUAACCCUUCGUCCCUCAAACGAAGUUACCUGGUACCGGAACGGCCAGAGACU